GAGGGCGAUAGGAGGCAGAGGCGUUCAGUGUCGGGCGGGCGCCGUGCAGAGUGGGUGCAGUGGUGGGGGGUUCCGCGGUCCCCUCGAGACGCCCGUCUGGCGAAUCUCCUGCAAAGGGGGGUGUCUGUGCAGCCGGACCAUGGCCGCCUUCGCUCUUAAGGCUGCGAACAGCGGCGUCUGGAAAGGCAGUGGAGCCAGCAACCUGCAACUGGUGGUCGCCGCUUCCAGCCACAGCCGUUGUUCUCAAGCCAGCCAUGGUGGUGGAGGCAGCGGCGCCGUGGAGGGGGGCAGCAGGCCCGUGGGCUGCGGCCAGCAAAAGGCACACCACCACCACCACCAUGCUGCGGGGCAUCCACAGCCCCCUUCUGGAAGCAGCGGAGCCAAGAAAUCGGCGGCACCUGGUCACGCCGCUACCACUACGGCUGCUGCUCCCCCGGUCGAGGGCAUCGACACCAAGUCCUACCUGUGGACUAGAUACCACGAAAUGAAAAAGCUGGUUUACGAUCUUCUCCCACCAGGUGUUUGCAAUCUUCUUAACCCAGCAGCUAUCUAUGCAAAUAAUGAGAUCAGCCUGGGAGAUGUGGAGAUCUAUGGCUUUGAUUAUGACUACACAUUAGCCCAAUAUUCUAAUCUGUUGCAUUCAAUGAUAUUCAACACUGCCAGAGACAUCCUGAUAGAACAGUUUAAGUACCCAGAAGGACUCAGGAAAUAUGAAUUUAUUCCUGGAUUUGCCAUAAGGGGGCUUCACUAUGAUGUGCAAAAGAGCCUUUUGAUGAAGAUUGAUGCUUUCCACUAUGUUCAGCUGGGUACUGCAUAUCAAGGGCUGAAACCAGUACCAGAUGAAGAGGUUAUUGAGAUGUAUGGUGGAACCCAGCACAUUCCAUUAUACCAAAUGAGUGAUUUCUAUGGCAAGGUACAGGGUCCAUCAAUUAAACAAUUUAUGGACAUAUUCUCUCUUCCUGAAAUGACUCUGCUUUCUUCAGUGACUGAUUAUUUCAUGGCUCAGAAUAUUGAAUAUGACCAAGUUCAUCUUUACAAGGAUAUAAGUGAUGCCAUUAAAGAUGUCCAUGUGAAAGGAAUGAUGUACAAAUGGAUUGAAAAGGACAUGGAAAAAUAUAUUCUUCAUGGAGACGAAACCUAUACUGUCCUAAAUCGUUUGGUUAGCCACAAUAAAAAACUUUUCCUUAUCACGAAUAGUCCCUUCAGUUUUGUUGAUAAGGGAAUGAACCACAUGGUUGGCAAGGAUUGGAGAGACCUCUUUGAUAUGGUCAUAGUGCAAGCAGAGAAGCCCAGCUUCUUCACUGAUAAACGCAAACCGUUCAGAAAAAUGGAUGAAAGAGGUUCACUUCAAUGGGAUAAGAUAAGCAAACUGGAAAAAGGGAAAAUCUACAAACAGGGUAAUCUGUUUGACUUUCUGCGGCUAACAGGCUGGCGUGGGUCCAAAGUCCUUUAUUUUGGUGACCAUUUGUACAGUGACCUUGCAGAUCUUAUGCUACUCCAUGGUUGGAGGACAGGAGCCAUUGUUCCAGAACUGGAAACAGAAAUCCGUAUCAUUAAUACAGAGCAAUAUAUGCAUUCUUUGACUUGGCAACAGGCACUUACAGGACUUCUGGAGAGGAUGCAGAUGUAUCAAGAUGCUGAAUCAAAACAAGUACUGCUAGAGUGGAUGAAAGAACGACAGGAAAUUAGAUCCCUUACAAAAAACCUGUUUAAUCCCCAGUUUGGGAGCAUUUUUCGAACUUUCCACAACCCAACCUACUUUUCUCGGAGACUGAUUCGUUUUUCUGAUAUCUACAUGGCAUCUAUUAGCUGCCUGCUGAACUAUGAUGUGAACUUCACUUUUUACCCUCGGCGAACCCCUCUGCAGCAUGAAGCUCCCCUCUGGAUGGACCAGCUCUGCACUGGCUGCAUGAAGACCCCGUUCUUAGAGGAAAUGCUGCAUAUCCGAUGAAAGAAAGCAGGAAAUGCAGGUUAAAAACACCACUGUGGCAAUAGAUGUAUGAGGGGUUUUGACUGCUCUGCCACAAAUUGCUACUCAGUUACUGUCUGGCCAUUUCUGCACUUUGCCACUCAGCACUUCCUAAGAGAAGACAGCUGGAAUGGCUUGAACUAGAGUAGAAAAAUUGACUUAUAAAAAUGUUUUACUGUUAAACCAAGUAACCAAGACUGGAAAAGGAAGGUUUUCUGAAAAGUUAAAUUUUGUGUCUUCACCAAGUAAAUUUGCCCAAGAUGUUCAAAUCAGGGUCAUGGGCUUAAAUACAAGUCAUUGGUAUUUUCAACAUCUAUACAUGCUACACAGCUCUGUUUGGCUUUAUCUGCACAAAAGUGUUGUACCUAGAAGUUCAUUAGCUGUGAUAAUACUGGCAGUCUGGAAUGUUUGUUCAUCUUUCAGUAGGAACACCUGUAGUCCUAAGACCUGAGUCCUGACCUGUUGUUCAGUAACUUGUAUCACUUUUGCCUUAUUGCCGAUACACAGUGCAUUAGAAUUGUGAAGAGAGCUAAAAUAAUUAUCUUUUAUUUAAAAGACUUGAUGUAAAUACAAAGAUAAAUUUGAAGGUACCAGUGUAUUUAAAAGAACAGUUGAGCAUGGUACAUGAAACAAUAAAGGUCAAAGACAAUAACCAACACAGAUCUUA